AUGGUGCAUGCCCUUGUUGAGCCCUGCAUUGCUGUUGACUGGCGCAACCUCAACCCCGAGGUCUGUGCCCGUUCUCAGACCUUGGUGAAAGCGUUAGCGUCUGGCAAGUUAAGGUCCAUCAGCGACCUGGAGCUCAAAUUGGCAAGCAAUGUGGCUGCAGGCGCUUUGCGGCACCACCCUAUAGUUUGUGGAAUGUUGGUGGCAGUAGUUGAAAAGACACGGCGGCAAUCAUGUGGCAUCACUCAUUUCAAGAGUUUGUCACUCAGUUCUAUGGAGGAGGAUGCAUUGAACGAAGCAGCAUGCUUGAUUGCUUCGUCUUCAGGGUCCCACAUGUUGCUGAAGGAGUGUGGCCCGGCAUCGCGUGUGGAGAAGGUAUCGUUGAAAGAUCCAGCUUUGCAAGGCCUUCCCGAUCCAUUUCUGGCCUUUGCUUCCCAGCCACUUCUUCAGGACAACAUCCGGAACAUUGAGCGGCUCCUGCCAAAGCGCCCAGAUGCUGUAGGCCCACAUGCGAGCAAGCGGCUCAUUCUUGCAAUGGACAGGACAUAUUUGCUCAAGAGUGUUGAUCCAGUCGUUUGCAGACUUGGCAAGGGAUUCGUAGGCACAGCUUACACGAACUUCUUUGGAGACAAAGACAGUGCUGUGGAUGCCGCGAACGGUUUCCUACCUUUGAGCCAAUCUUGUGACCUCCCACCACUCCAUACUUUACCGACUGCGAAGGAAGUUUGUGAGUUCCUGUGCUUCGAUCCUGCUUCCCCUGCCCAGAAGCUGCCUCCAUUCAGUUUGACCUUUUGCCCUAUGACAUCCAAAGUAUUUGACAAUGCAUCUAGCCACAGAGCUGUGAAGAACAUGCUUCUGGGAAAGAAGCCAGGAGUGCCCGAGAGCAAACUCCAAGAGAUUCCUUUCUUUUCUGAAAUGACUUGGACCCCCCUCCCUUCUUGCUGCUUGCCGAACAUGUGCUACCACAUCCCGAUUGUGGACAAAGAGCCUGUCUAUUGUCUCAACGGUCCUUGUCACCAACAGAAGCGGUAUGUGGGUCAGUUGAGGUCUGCAGCCCGAACGUGUUGCUUUGGAGACCUGUGGUGCGACGCAAGCUCUGCAAUGCAGAUGCCACCGGCAGCUUUUGCAGGGUAUGACAACCAAUCCGACAAGCUGGCAGCGAUGUUCUUGAAUGUCUACCAUGUUGCAGUGAACCCGGAAGAGCGUGAUCCAAGCAAGAUAGAGGUUCCUUGGUGCCUACGAGGGUUCUUGAUUGGAAACAUCUUGGGGGGAUUGCUGCAAAGCGCUGUGUUUCAUACAGGGUUGACUGCCAGCCAGAAGUUGGAAAAUGCCAUGACCACCCAUGUGAUGCUCGACUUGGCAGAGCUCCUGGCCAGAGAGAAGGAGACCACUCACGGUCUCAAACGGGGGUCGUGUUUCAUGGCGGGUGAAACAUGCUCCAACCUGCGACAGCUGUGUGGUUUCCUUUGCAUCCAACUCACCUCUUUGCCCGAAGGCUAUGUGUACAAGCCACAUGAUUCAACAGAGAUUGCGCUGGAACACUGGUUUGGGCUCAUUCGCAGGCAGUUCCUUUCCGCGCAAUUUUCUGUGCGUGACUACUGGCACGGCAGCAUGAAGCAAAUGAGAAACUCUCAGAAGAAAGCUCAGGUCAGGAGUGAUCCUAGCUCUUCCGAGAAAGUCUUGACGGCCGUGUCCCCCGAUGAAUUUCGCAUGUGCGCCCAACGAAGUUUGAGCGCUGUUUGUCAGUUGUUCAGCCACCUGACCCAACACUGUGCGAAAAAGUUGGAGAGCAAGUUCCUCAAAUGGGCGGCCGAUGCUGCAGAUCAGUUUGAGUGCGAAGAGGAAGUGGCACAAGGAUUGGGGUCAAGUGACGCUGACACUGACAUGGAAGACUUUGACAUCGUUGCGCCAGAGACAGAGCAUGUCGACCUUCACAAGACUGGUGAGGAGUGCUACCACUUGCUGAAGCGCCUUCAAGAGCUGGAGGAAAACAAUAACCCAGGUGCUGAGGAAGAUGUGGAAGAUCAUGAAGCUCCUGUGCCAGAGUCUGCUUUCAAGCAUUUGCCAGAUUCGAAAUUGCUCGAUGGCCUGUGCGAAAGCGCAAAGUCCGCCAGCAACCACAUGAACAGCGACUUCUCAGAGGUUUUGACCUUGUCCCAUUUUUGGCGGAGGCUUGGAGGACAUGUCGAUUUUGACUCCAUUCAUCACCUUUGGGGAUUCUUGUGGACAUUCGCUUUGAAUGUGAGAGCUUGCACGGACAGCAAAUGGCUGCCAAAUCCUGAGCGUGCUCGUGACUCGGGCAAAGCUAUGAACUGGCACCAAUCCUUGGAGCACGAAGCAGCGGCCAUUUGA